AUGUUGGAAAUCAGAGAGAAAUUGAUCCUUUCAAGGCCAUUGUAUCUCAAAGACGACGACUGUGGGUAUUGUCACCAUAAAAAAUCACAAAAAGAGGCCAUUUCUGUGCAAAGUUGGAGUGAUUAUUAUGCCUUGAAUCAUCAAAAUCAAACAGAAACACCACCAUCCAUCUCAAUUGGAUUCCAAGUUGAGAAUAUGACAGUGGAGCAUUAUGAUCAGUUGAUUAACAGAGGAUUCAGGCGGUCAGGUACGUUUUUGUACAAGCCAGAUAUGUUGCGUGGUUGUUGUCGAAUGUAUACGAUUAGAACCAAUAUGGAUAUGUUUAAAUUGACCAAAGAGCAUCGUCAAACUGUGAACAAGUUUAACAAAAGGAUUGGUAUAGAGGGUGGUCAAGAUGUUAAAGGGAAAAAUGGUUAUGAUUUGAUGAAAGAAUUGAGGAAAAUGGAUGAUUCUGGGAAACUUGUAAUUAAAUUUGAACCAAGUAAAUUUACAAAAGAGAAAUAUAAAUUAUUUACCAAGUAUCAAAAUCAUGUUCAUGAUGAUUAUAAAACAAGUGAGAAGUCAUUUAAACGUUUCCUUUGUGAUACUCCAUUUUCUCAGAAUGAUGCUGUGAUCAAAGAUAAUAAAGUUCUUAAAUUUGGUGCAACUCAUCAAUGUUAUUAUUUAGAUUCAAAAUUGAUUGCAAUUGGAUUCUUAGAUAUUUUACCAAGUGGAGUUUCAUCAAUUUAUCUAAUUUAUGAUCCUGAUUAUAGAGAUUUAGCAAUGGGGAAAAUUAGUGGAUUAAAAGAAAUGGAAUUAACUAAGAAAUUAGGUCUAGAUUAUUAUUAUUUAGGUUAUUUCAUUGAAGAUUGUCCCAAGAUGAAUUAUAAAAGAAAAUUUGGUGGUGAAUUAUUAAAUUUAACAGAUUUAACAUAUCAUAAACUUGAUGAUAUCUCUGAUUAUAUCACAAAUGGGAAAUAUUGUGCUAUAAAUUCUAAAAAUGAAAAUAUAGUGGAAGAUCUUUAUGGUAUUAAUAGUAAAGAAUUCCUUAAGGCUAAAGAAUAUAGUGAUAAAUGGCCAGGUAUAAGUUAUUCUGAUGUGGAUAAUUCAGUAUUGAUCACUAAUUCAGAUGAUAAUUCAACUCCAUAUGAUAUUCCAACAGUCAUACCUGGUGUAACAUCAUUAGAAACUUUAUUUGAAAAUUGGAAUACAAAUCAAAUCAAAUCUUUAGUUUUUGCAGAUGGAAUGAUUAGACCUGCAAUUUAUGAUUUAGAAACUGCAACAAUUAGAAAAAUUUUGAUUGAUACAAUUAGAAUAUUAGGUCAAGGUUUAGCUAAUGAUGCAAUUAUAUUUAUUUAA